GUCACCGCGGUCUGCUCCGCUCCGCGCCUGCCCCCGCUCCCGCCCGGCCCGGCCCGGCUCGCCCAGUCCAGUGGCUCCAGUCCGGAUCUCGCCGCCGCCCGGCCCAGGUGCGAGUCCCCACCGCUGGGGAGGCGGCGGGCCCGGCUCCCCUCGGUCACCUCGCCCGCCCGGGGUUGGCGGGGAGGGAGCAGCUGGGCGGCCCCGGAGCCCCUCGGAGGACAAUGCGCCCGGCGCUCGGCCACCCUCGCUCGGUCUCCUCCGCGCCCGGCGCCUUCCCGCCGCCCCCCGCCGCCGCCCGGCUGCAGCCGCUCUUCCUCCGCGGGGGCUCCUUCCGCGGCCGGAGAGGCUCGGGCGACAGCAGCACCAGCACCAGCACUAGCCGCGGGGGAGGCGGCAGCAGACGCGGCGGGGGCGGCGGCUCCCCGAGCAGCAGCACGGGGGCCGAGCGCGAGGACGACGACGAGAGCCUGAGCGUCAGCAAGCCGCUGGUGCCCAACGCCGCGCUCCCGGGGCCGCCGGCUCAGGGGAGCGCCGCCGCCGCCGGCCCCGCGCCCACCGCCUUCUCCUCCUCCGCCAGCACCUCCUCCUCCAGCUCCACGCCCACCUCCUCCUGCAGCAUGACCGCCGCGGACUUCGGAGGGGGGGCCGCGGCCGGGGCCGUCGGGGGCCCCGGGAGCCGCUCGGCUGGGGGCGCGGGCGGUGGCGGGGCGGGAGGCGGCGCCUCCUGCUGUUCGUGUUGCUGCUGCUGCGGCCGCCCUGCCCGGCCCGGCCGCAGGGGUCGGCGCCGCGGCUGCGCCCCGAGUCCCGGGUGCCGCUGGGGCUACCAGGCGCUGUCCGUGGUGCUGCUGCUGGCGCAGGGCGGCCUGCUGGACCUGUACCUCAUCGCCGUCACCGACCUGUACUGGUGCUCCUGGAUCGCCACGGACCUGGUGGUGGUGGUGGGCUGGGCCAUCUUCUUCGCCAAGAACAGCCGGGGCCGUCGGGGCGGCGUGGCCAGCGGCGCGCACAACCACCACCCGCACCACCACCACGCCGCGCCGCCCCUGCACCUGCCCGCCCCCUCGGCCACCUCCGCCGGGGCCAAGGCGCGCGGAGCCCGGGGGGGCGCCGGCGGCGCGGGGGGCGGCCUGGGGGCGGCCGCGGCAGCGGGCGAGUUCGCCUUCGCCUACCUGGCCUGGCUUAUCUACUCCAUCGCCUUCACGCCCAAGGUGGUGCUGAUCCUGGGCACCUCCAUCCUAGACCUCAUCGAACUGCGCGCGCCCUUCGGCACCACGGGCUUCCGCCUCACCAUGGCGCUGUCGGUACCCCUGCUCUACAGCCUGGUGCGGGCCAUCAGCGAGGCCGGCGCGCCGCCCGGCUCGGCGGGACCCCUGCUGCUGCAGCCCCAGCGGCACCGCGCGGCCGGGUGCUUCCUGGGCACGUGCCUGGACCUGCUCGACAGCUUCACGUUGGUGGAGCUGAUGCUGGACGGCCGCGCUCCGUUGCCCUCGCACCUGCGCUACCUGCUCAUCGCCGUCUACUUCCUCACCCUCGCCUCGCCGGUGCUCUGGCUCUAUGAGCUCAACGCCGCGGCCGCAGCGGCGGCAUCCGGGGGCCAGGCCUCCGGGCCCAGCAGCUGCUGCCGCCUUCUGCGCCUGCUGGGCGGCUGCCUGGUGGACGUGCCCUUGCUGGCGCUGCGCUGCCUCCUGGUGGUCAGCUACCAGCAGCCCCUCUCCAUCUUCAUGCUCAAGAACCUCUUCUUCCUUGGCUGCCGCGGCCUGGAGGCGCUGGAGGGCUGCUGGGACCGGGGCAGUCGGGCCUCCCCGAGUCGGGCCAGAGGGGGCUAUGGUGCUCCGCCCUCCGUCCCUCCGCCACCUCCGCCACCACCUCAGGGAGGCUCCCAGCUGGGCCACUGCAUUUCGGAGAACGACGGGGGUGCCCACGGCUAUGUCAACACCCUGGCUGUGGCCUCCCAGAAUUGAGGGCGAAGGGCAUGGGUCCCUGGUUUUGGGUUGAGAGUCCCCAACCCCCUUAUCUUCUACCUUCUGUCAUCCAGAUUUGAUCAGGCUGUUUGGAAGAGGUAAUCCUUUAUAGGGCUAAGGGCCAGGGUGUCCUUCUGCACCCCGGGGGUGAGGACCGCUUGGAGGGAGACCAGCAGUUAACAGUGAGGGAGGUGGGUGCACCUACCCCCUCCUUUCUUCUCCUAUCCUGCUCCAAUCCUGACCUCCAAGGGGCUUGUACCUCUGCUUCUUUGCCCACCUCCACUGUAAUUGCCAUCCCUCAGGAGGAAAGGGGUGUGCAGCCUUGGGUUUUCGUCCUGGCUUAGAAGUGCCAGCCUCUUUUAGGCUGUGGUUGGUGGCCAUUGUCCCAUUCCUUGACCCAGAACCCACUUUCCACUGAUGUGUCUAUUCGGUUUCUCCCAGGUCAUAGAUGCAAAGUGUAUGUCUCUGUGUGUGUAGUGUUGUUUUCUUGUGUCCACCCUGUGACCCUUUGCAAUGGGUAGGAGAUCUGGGGAGGCCCUGCCCCCUAUACCUUACUUACCACCACACUCCUCUUUUCUGCCUGGAUUUGUGACCAUGAAUUCCCAGGAAGAGCUGGGCCCCUGGGAGCUGCCCAGGUACUCCCUUCGAAGGGAGAAGCUCACCCAGGAUCUUCCUCAAUCCUGCUCUUCUCUUGUUAGCUCAGAGGGAGGAGGGGAUCCAUUCUCUAAGGACCAAACUGCACCCUUUCUUGGGUGAGCGAGCAUUUCUACCUCCGUGCUUUCAACUUUUGUUGCAUUGUGCACUGAUGCUGCUUGCAAAAAAUAAGACAAAAUACUCAGAAGUUGCAUUCGCCAUGGCCACCGGCUCCAGCUGGGGUUGGGUGCCAGCGUUAUUACAGGGUCUGUGGAGUAUCAGCCAUUGGCUUGGCCUCCCUCUGUUCUUCCCUCUGCACCUAGAACUCUUAUCCUUCUUGUGGUUUGGUGCCGACUAAGGUCAGAUCUGGGCUUAGAGUAAUAGCUUUGGCGGUGUUCCUAGAUGGAUAUGAAGUUGGCCCUCCACGGGCCCAGUGGAGUAGGAAGCCCCAUUCCCCACCGGUUCUUCCUCUAGGAAGUGGAGAUCAGAAAGCGAGGUGGUGACCUCCUGCCUCUGGUCUGUUUGAGUCUCACUAGGGCCAAGGCAGCCUGCAGCGCUUUCCUUCCUAGAUUCCUCUCAUUGAGGGUGAUGCCAAGAGACCUCUGGGGGCUGUGCACUCGAGUCUUGGUGUGGAAUGUCACUGUUGCAGUCUUUGAGGUAGGAUAAGUAUUUUUUACGUAUUUUAAGGGUGCAGGAGCACAGCAGGGAACAAGGCCAGGAAAUACUCACUUCCUUCCACCCUCAGCAGGACGCAGUGGGGGUGAAGCUGGCAGAAUUUUUAUUUCCCCUUCUCCCUUCUUGUGUUGGGAAGUUUAUGCGGUGUGAUAAGUCCUAGGUGAGUUACCGGAAGACGUUCAUUCUAGUUCUGAUUGUGUCACUCACUGGCUUUGAGUGACACAUCGUUUUUAUUUUCUAGGCCUGUUUUCUCACGUUAAAAAAGUAGAAGUUAGGUGAGUGAUCUCUAAGACUGAAGGUAAUUCCAACUCUCACAGUUUUUGAGUUUGUGGCUCUUGAAAACCCUGGUCCUGAUGCUCCCCUGUACAGACGGCCGGGAGAGAAGCCAGCCAGGCUGCAGCGGCAGAACAUUCCCCGCUCUGCACAGGGUGUGCAAUGCUCCAGCGGAGGCCAGAGGGAGGGCUUGGGCUCCCGGGCUGGGUGUGGGGCAGGGCUGGCACAGCCACAGUGUCCACAGCGCCCCGCACAGGGAGGGCCAGGAGUGCCAAGUCACUGGACAUGAACUCAGCACCCCGGUCAAGCCCCUGCCUCCCGCUUGAAGUGCCCCCCUCCAACUGCUUGGGGGCUUGGAACAGAAGACACCCAUGUAGACAGACGUAAGAGGGGCCAAGGGCUUGACCAGAGUCCUCUUGAGCCUCCUCAUGCUCUCAGAGCAGGGAAGGGUGGGGGACAAUGUUUACACUCCAUCCAUGAUCUGUGCUUCCAGUCCCUCACCCUAUGUGGCCCCAGAGCUGCCUGGAUUUCACAUUUUUUUCCUGCCUUCUUCCUCCGACCCCACUGACGUCUCUCCCCUCCCUUUGAUUGGACUUGAGCUUCUGGGGCCGGGGCCCUGGGUGGCUACCAACAGCUGCUCCCUGUUCCCAUGUCCUCUCUCCAGCUUUGCUGUUUCUCUGCUACCUAUUCUCAGUGACUGUGAAAGGACAUUGUGUCUGAGCCAUGGCUGGCCACUGGCCGGCCCCCCAACCUGCCCCUUUCUGUUGUUUAGAUGGCCAUUUCCUGCCUGGUCUCCCCGGUUGUAAAAUCUCUGUACUGUUAGGUUUUUGGUGGGAGGCUGUGAUAAGUUCCAAUGAGCUGCCACUUCCCUGGAUAUGUCAAGAGGUUGAUGGCAACCAGCCCAAUUCUGGCAGAGACCAGGCCCCCAACUCAGCCCCAGUCACCCUGUUUUACACAUGUGGGUCGAGCACUGGGUGCUCAGAGGGUCAGGCCCUUGCACUCACCUCCCCUGCCCCAUUUGUCAUGACCCCUGGAGCUUCCUUUGCCUUGCUUUCUAUUGCAUCCCUGCUGCAGGGGCAAACCUGAGAUUUCCCCAUGGGCUUGACAGCCAAGGAGGUGCCGUCUCCCGAGGCCAAUGCCAGCACAUGCGUGGUUCACAGAAGAGGACCCUGGGAUCCUCUCAGAAUCUUGAGAAUUGCCUGAUCCUAAUGUUUCUGCCAGUCAGGGGGUUCCUCUCAGUAAGUUCCCAAAUCCUUACUUAUUUAAAAAAGACUAGACCCUCUCUAAAGACUGUUCCAUUUGAACAUGCCCUGAUUCUGCAUCCGUGGGUUUUGUGAGAGCGCUAGCUGGCGGUGAGAGCCUGGAGGAACGAGGGAAGUGGCACCUCACUAGCAUUUAUCACUUUUUUCCUUCUCUUUUUAAAAAUAAAACCAGACUCUGUUCUGAAAAUAAAAAACUUGAGACUUGUGACAA